AUGGCCGAUCUUCCGAUCACCUUCAAGGAGGAGCUUCAGCUCACCAAUCUGGGUGUUCAACAAGCCAGCAUUGGGUUUGCAAGUACUACACUUGAGUCUGACCGUUUCAUCUGUAUCAGAGAAAAUGUCAACAACCAGAAUUCUGUCGUCAUUGUCGACCUUCAGAACCCUUCGGCUCUGAUGCGCCGUCCCAUUACCGCCGACAGCGCAAUCAUGCACCCAGCCCAAAAGAUCAUCGCACUCAAGGCCGGCAGACAACUCCAGAUUUUCAAUCUCGACACCAAAGCCAAGGUCAAGGCCUACGUUAUGGACUCCGAUGUCGUCUUCUGGAAAUGGAUCUCCAACACCAUCGUCGGUCUCGUGACCGACUCCGCCGUCUACCACUGGAACAUCGAGGCAAGCGGCGACGCCCCCACCAAGGUUUUCGACAGACACGCCAGUUUGAGCGGAUGCCAGAUUAUCAACUACAGAGUUAACUCGGCCGGAAAGUGGAUGGUGCUUGUUGGAAUUUCGCAGAAGGAGGGAAGGGUUGUGGGAAGCAUGCAGCUCUACUCGACUGAGCGAGGAGUUUCGCAGCCAAUUGAGGGACAUGCGGCGGCUUUUGCGACGUUGAGGUUGGAUGGCGCGCCGACGGAUACUCAGCUUUUCACUUUCGCGGUUCGAACUGCUGCUGGUGCUAGGCUCCACAUCAUCGAGAUCGAUCACCAGGCUUCUAACCCUACUUUUGAGAAGAAGACUGUUGAGGUCUUCUUCCCGCCUGAGGCUGUGAACGACUUCCCGGUCGCCAUGCAGAUCUCGAAGAAGUUUGGAAUUAUCUACAUGGUCACCAAGUAUGGUUUCAUCCACUUGUACGAUUUGGAGACUGGAGCAUGUAUCUACAUGAACCGCGUUUCUGGCGAGACCAUCUUCGUCACUGCACCGCAUGAGCAGAGUGCUGGUAUCAUUGGUGUCAACCGCAAGGGACAGGUUUUACUCGUUACGGUCGAUACGGAGAAGAUCAUCCCUUACGUCCUCAACAACCUCAACAACACCACCUUGGCCGUCAAGUUGGCUUCGCGUGGUGACCUCCCCGGCGCCGAUGAUUUGUACGUCCAGCAGUUCAACCAGUUGUUCGGAAGUGGAAACUGGGGUGAAGCGGCGAAGGUCGCUGCUAACUCGCCGAGAGGUAUUCUGAGGACGCCGCAGACGAUUGAGAAAUUCAAGAACGUUCCGCUGCCGCCUGGACAGCUUUCGCCACUUUUGCAGUACUUCUCCAUUCUCCUCGACAAGUCUGGGUUGAACAAGCAUGAGUCAAUUGAGCUUGCGCGACCUGUGUUGAACUCCAACCGUACCAAUUUGUUGGAGAAGUGGUUGGGUGAGAACAAGUUGGAGUGUUCGGAGGAGCUGGGUGAUAUUGUUCGUCCGGCCGACUUGAACAUUGCUUUGACGAUCUACUUGAAAGCCAAUGUCCCUGGGAAGGUUAUUGCUUGUUUCGCCGAGACUGGACAGUUUGAGAAGAUUGUUCCUUAUGCGGCACAGGCUGGCUACCAACCCGACUACGCUGGUUUGUUGCAGCACAUCGUCAGGAUUAACCCGGAGAAGGGUGCCGAGUUCGCUACUCAGCUCGCGAACCAGGAGGGUGGAUCAUUGGUUGAUGUUGACCGCGUUGUGGACGUGUUCAUGAGCCAGAACAUGAUCCAGCAGGCGACUGCCUUCUUGUUGGACGCGUUGAAGGAUAACCGUCCUGAGCAGGCUGAUCAACAGACGAGGUUGUUGGAGAUGAACUUGUUGAACGCACCUCAGGUUGCGGACGCCAUCUUGGGUAAUGAAAUGUUCACCCACUACGACCGUCCCCGCAUUGCUUCUCUCUGUGAGAAGGCUGGGUUGUUCCAGAGGGCGCUUGAGCAUUAUGAUGAUAUCAAGGAUAUCAAGCGCGUUGUUGUCAACACCCAGGUUCUUAACCCUGAGUGGAUCGUGCAGUACUUCGGAAAGUUGAAUGUUGAGCAGAGCUUUGACUGCUUGAAGGAGAUGCUCAAGGUCAACAUGAGGCAGAACUUGCAAAUUGUUGUGCAGAUCGCGACGAAGUACUCUGACCUCCUCGGUGCGCAGCGUUUGAUCGACUUGUUCGAGCAGUUCAAGACGAGUGAAGGAUUGUACUACUACCUCGGCUCCAUUGUCAACUUGUCUGAGGAUUCCGAGGUGCAGUUUAAGUACAUUCAGGCUGCUUGUGCCAUCGGACAGUUCAAGGAGGUUGAGAGAAUUUGUCGUGAUUCGAACCACUACAACCCUGAGAAGGUCAAGAACUUUUUGAAGGAGGCCAAGUUGGCGGAUCAGUUGCCUUUGAUCAUCGUCUGCGACAGGUUCAACUUUGUCCAUGACUUAGUCUUGUACCUCUACCAGAACCAGUUGUUCAAGUUCAUUGAGGUUUACGUGCAGCGUGUUAACCCCUCCCGCACUCCCGCUGUUGUUGGUGGUCUUUUGGAUGUCGACUGUGAUGAGAGCAUUGUUGAGGGACUUUUGUCUUCUGUCCUGGGACAGGUUCCUAUCGAUGAGCUCGUUGCUGAGCUUGAGCGCCGUAACAGGCUCAAGUUGCUCUUGCCUUUCUUGGAGGCUACUCUCAACGCUGGAUCCCAGGAGCCGGCUGUGUACAACGCUCUUGCCAAGAUUUACAUCGACAGCAACAACAACCCUGAGAAGUUCUUGAAGGAGAACGACUUAUACGACUCCCUUGUUGUCGGAAAGUACUGCGAGAAGCGUGAUCCUUACCUCGCGUUCAUUGCCUACCAGAAGGGACAGAAUGACAUGGAGCUCGUUCACAUCACCAACGAGAACUCUAUGUACAAGCACCAAGCUCGUUACCUCGUUAACCGCGGUGACUCUGACCUUUGGGCCACUGUCUUGGACGAGAACAACAUGCACCGUCGCCAGUUGGUCGACCAGGUUGUUGUUACUGCUGUUCCCGAGUCUACUGACCCCGAGAAGGUCUCUGUUGCUGUCAAGUCCUUCAUGGCUGCUGACCUGCCGCACGAGUUGAUUGAGUUGUUGGAGAAGAUCAUUCUUGAGCCUUCGCCGUUCAACGACAAUGCCAACUUGCAGAACCUGCUUAUCCUCACUGCCAUCAAGGCCGACAAGACCCGUGUCAUGGACUACGUUCACAAGUUGGAUGCGUACGAUGCUGCUGAUAUUGCCGGUAUCGCCAUCGAUGCUGGUUUGCACGAGGAGGCUUUCGAGAUCUACAAGAAGAUCGGAGACCAGGGCGCCGCUAUCAAUGUCCUCAUCGAGCACAUUGUCUCUCUUGACCGUGCUGCCGACUUUGCUGAGAGCAUCGACACCCCUGAUGUCUGGAGCCGCCUCGCUAAGGCUCAGUUGGACGGAUUAAGGAUCAAGGAUUCCAUCGACUCUUACGUCCGUGCCAACGACCCCAGCAAUUACGCUGAGUUGAUCGAGAUUGCCUCCCGUGCUGGUAAGUACGAGGACCUCAUCCGCUACUUGCAGAUGGCCCGCAACACCGUUCGUGAGCCCUUGGUCGACAGCGAGUUGCUCUUUGCUCUAGCCAAGAUCGACAAGGUUCACGAGAUGGAGGACUUCCUCCAGGCCACCAACGUUGCUGACGUGAACGCCGUCGGUGACCGUGCUUACGAGGAUGGUCUCUAUCAGGCUGCCAAGAUUUUGUUCAACAGCGUCUCCAACUGGGGCAAGCUCGCUUCUACUUUGGUUUACCUCGAGGAAUACCAGAACGCCGUGGACUGCGCCCGUAAGGCCAACAGCACCAAGAUCUGGAAGCAGGUUAACCAAGCAUGUGUUGACAAGCGUGAGUUCCGUCUCGCUCAGAUCUGUGGUUUGAACUUGAUCGUUCACGCCGAGGAGUUGUCCGACCUCGUUAAGCAAUACGAGUACAAUGGAUUCUUCGACGAGCUCAUCGCUUUAUUGGAGGCUGGUACUGGUCUUGAGCGUGCUCAUAUGGGUAUCUUUACCGAGUUGGCGAUUGCUUACAGCAAGUACCACCCUGAGCAGUUGAUGGAGCACUUGAAGUUGUUCUGGUCUAGGAUUAACAUUCCUAAGGCGAUCCGUGGAUGCGAGGCUGCUCAUUUGUGGCCUGAGCUUAUCUUCCUUACCGUUCAUUACGAUGAGUUCGAUAAUGCUGCUCUGGUCAUGAUGGAGCAUGCCGCUGAUGCUUGGGAGCACUCUUCGUUCAGGGAUAUUUUGAUUAAGUGUCACAACAUCGAGAUCUACUACAAGGCGAUUAACUUCUACCUUCAGCAGCAGCCUACGCUCUUGACUGAUCUUCUUGCUGCUCUCGCUGCUCGUCUUGACCACACCCGUGUGGUUAACAUGUUCUUGAAGAGCGACAACAUCCCUCUCAUCCGCUCUUACCUGGUCUCUGUCCAGGACAGGAACGUCGAGGCUGUCAACAACGCCUACCAUGACUUGUUGAUCGAGGAGGAAGACUACAAAUCUCUCCGCGACUCAAUCGACAACUUCAACCGCUACGACCCCAUCGCCCUCGCCAAGCGCCUGGAGAAGCACGAACUUCUCGAGUUCCGACGAAUUGCCGCCUACCUCUACCGCAAGAACAAGCGAUGGCCACAAUCUAUCGCUUUGUCCAAGGAGGACAAGCUCUUCAAGGACGCGAUGGAGACAGCACGGGAUUCCGGGAAGAAGGAGGUUGCGGAGGAGUUGUUGUCGUACUUCGUUGAUGUUGGUAACAAGGAGUGUUUCGCGGCUAUGUUGUACACGUGUUACGACCUUCUUGACCUCGACCUUGUUAUGGAGCUUAGCUGGAGACAUGGAUUGUCUGAUUACUCCAUGCCAUACCAAAUCCAGAAGAUGCGGGAGCAAACCACGCGACUUACUGCGCUGGAGAAGGAUAACGAGGAGAGAAAGAAGAAGGAGGUCGAGGGCGAGAAGAUUGAGGCUGAGACUCCUAUGAUGGGCAUUGGACAGCCUUUGAUGAUUACUGGUGGUCCGGGAAUGAUGGGCGCACAGCCUACUGGGUACGGUGGUUUCCAGAACGGAAUGGCGCCGCAGGGAACUGGGUUCCGUCAGUUCUAG